AGCUGCUGAUGAAGAUGAAGAUGAUGAUGAUAGUUCUGUCAGUACCUCCAGCGUCUCAGCUCCAGUCCCCUGAAGCUCUGUCCUGAAGCUCUGUCCUGCUGGUCUGUCCUCCUGGUCUGUCCUCCUGGUCUGUCCUCGGCUCAACAAACUCUCCACAGCAGGAUGUUUCUGGCCAAAAAGUUUAUCGGAGGCAUCAUUGAUGUCAUCAGCGACAUCGAUCCGGGUCAGCUGAUUCCCUCCGACCCCCCUCCUCCUCGCAGACCGUUCAACUUCGCCGAGUCUCAUGAGAGCGAAGAGGAGAAACAGUUCAGGAAGGUUUUCCAGCAGCUGGCCGGAGACGACAUGGAGGUGAGCCCCAACGAGCUAAUGAACAUCCUCAACAAGGUCGUCGGCAAACACGGAAGCCUGAGGACCGACGGAUUCAGCAUCGAGUCCUGCAGGAGUAUGGUGGCCGUCAUGGACAGCGACAGCACCGGCAAACUGGGAUUCCACGAGUUCAAGUAUCUGUGGAACAACAUCAAGAGAUGGCAGGGUGUGUAUUUGUCGCAUGACGCUGACGGCUCAGGUGUGAUCUGCUCCAGAGAGCUGCCGCCGGCCUUCAAGGCUGCAGGUUUCCCUCUCAACGAUCAGCUCUACAAGCUUAUUAUCCGUCGCUAUAGUGACGAGCACGGCGACAUGGACUUUGAUAAUUUCAUUGGCUGCCUGGUGCGACUGGACGCCAUGUGCAGAGCAUUUAAGACUCUGGACAAAGACAACAACGGCUCCAUCGACCUCGACAUCAAGGAGUGGCUCCAGCUGACAAUGUACUCAUGAAGACAGGAAGAAGAAAAACUUUCAUUCUGGGACCAAAAUAAAGCUAAAAGAUUUACAUAUUUAUAGGAUUUAUUUUACAUUUUAUUUGGAUUAAACAGUUUAUUAAACUGACUCUGAAUGUUUGAAAGAAUAAACUGACUUUAACUGGA